AUGCCGAACCACCGAUGGGCGGACGUAACAGCUUCCGCCGAGUACGAGCGAUUCCGCCGACCAGCCAAUGCAGGACAGCUUCAGUUCUCCUACAAUAGGCCCCUGGACAAGAUAGGUUCCCUCAGUCCUGACCAGUACCGACAGGCAAUCAUCAGCUAUGCCAACUUCAUGCUGUACGAAUGCCCCUUUGAGCUGCAGCGGCUGGUCUGGCACUGCUGGCUCACCGUCCUCUAUGCAAAGGACUCCGGGGACUGGAACGACCCGGCCAUCCCCAGUAUCAACCAAGUUGACGGGGACAGUGACAAGCUCGCCGUGAUCCGCAAGUCUGAAUCUGAGAAGAAAGAGGCGAUGAACAAAUGGUUCUUGGCGACUAAGCCGGCUUCCGCGGGGGCUCAGGGGGAGUUUGUACCUAAUUGGGAUUUCCUCGAAAAAAUGCAUGUGAGGAAGCGAAACACCAAGUCUCACUACACGGACAAAGAGUUGAUGGACAAGUUCAAUAAGGCGCAGAAGCAAUGGCAGAUUGAAUGGCAGAGCGAUGGGACUGAAGCGGGAAAGCUCAGGAACCAGCUCACUGCUGCGCUCAGCAAAUCCUUUGAGAUCACGAAGGUCGUAUGUCUCGGCUUGGGGUCGUUGUCGUCCAACAAAAGAGAUCUUCGCGUGCGCCAACACUGCCUCGCCCUGUCGAUCCGAGACCUUGUCCUGAAAUCCAGCAGCAAGGCAUGCCCAGUCUUCGUCCAGGACCCUGGGUACAGCGAGCAAGACAAGAAGGUCCUGAAAGGCCAUGGGAUGAAGAUCCUGGACGGCUCGCUCGGGAAGCAAGAGGGCUUCGUCGAGAUCGACGACUCUACCUUUGUGCUGUCGAUUGGCGCCACGGCCCCCAUUAACACCAUCGUAUGCGACUCCAGCACUCCGGCCGCGAUGUUGUGGAAGGCAUAUCCAGCCUUGCAGAAAGAAUUUGGUCUCCCGCCCAUCCCGAUGAUGUACGGUUUCAAGUUUCCUGAGGGCUCCAUGACCAAGUUUCAGCGCUCCAUCUCUAUGACCAGCGGAGGUAACAGCGGAAAGGAAAAGGAGACGACUGUUGAAGGCGUGAGCCCCGCGUGA